AUGAGGCGAUCAACUAAAUUUAGAAAUGAAUCUCACUCUGUAAGAAUACUAGAAGAUUUACAAUCUCUACGCCAGAAUGAAGUUUUAUGUGAUGCUAGAUUUGAAGCAGAUGAUGAUCAAAGAAAAGAUUUGUUGUCAGAAUUAAUGGAACAUGUACGUUUGCCCCUAUUAAGACCUGAGAUUUUAGAUAAUAUAGCUGAAGAAUCUCUUCUAAAUAAUAGUCCUAAAUGUAAAGAUUAUGUAUUUGAAGCUAUACGUUUUAAUCUAAAAAAAUCUUUCCAGCAUUUCACCAUUCCAACAACAAUUAGAUAUAAACCUAGACAGUUUGGUGGUUCACAAAAAGUUAUUCUAUUGUUCAAUAAGUCUGAUACAUUGCCAAAGUGUCGUACACAAUGGUAUGACCCAACAUCCAAGCUACAAAAGAAUGGACCAGAGAUGAAUGAUUGUCGACAGACAUCUGGUCUAGGUGUAAUAAGAGAUCAAUUUGUGUUUGCUCUGGGAGGCUUAAAUAUGUCAAGUUCUAAAUCUGUUAGUAUGGUUGAUGUAUCUUCACAAUCGCCCUCUUGGGUUCCAAUGGUCGACAUGUUAAUUACAAGAACACGAUUAGGAGUUGGUGUAUUAGAUGAUCGCAUAUAUGCUGUUGGCGGUUAUGACGGCACCAGAGGAUUAAAUAGUGUAGAGGUAUUUGAUGUCAGUACACAAAAAUGGAGAAUGGUAACUAGUAUGACUUCUAACAAAUGGGAUUUGGGCGUUGGUGUACUCAACAAUCGUUUAUACGCGAUUGGAGGUGGUGAUAAAAAUGUUACGAACUCUGUUGAAUAUUAUGAUCCCACACUUGACUCAUGGACACCAGUUUCAAAUAUGUCUACAAAUCGUCAAGGCGCUGGUGUAGGGGUCUUGGACGGUGUUCUUUAUGCUAUUGGCGGCUAUACUGGAUCAGCUAAUCUUAAAAGUGUUGAGGCUUAUAGACCAAGUGAAGGGGUUUGGUCUCCUAUUGUUGAUAUGCAUAUGUCCAGGAAGAACCCUGGAGUAAUAGCAUUGGAUGGUUUAUUAUUCCGCACUGAGUGA